GUCUCCGGGCAACAAGGGGCGCUCCGCCACGGCGGGCCACCGCAGUAAAUCCAAAUAAAUAAAUAAACAAAAAUGUGAUCGGAAGCCGCCAUGUCGCGCGCGCGCGCCGUGGGCAAGGGCAGCUUCGAGCGCGUCAGGCUGGCGGGCGUGGGCGCCUUCGGGCUGGUGCUGGAGGUGCGCAAGAAGGACGGGGCGGACGCCGGCGCCGUGUACGCGAUGAAGAGGAUGAGGAAGAAGGAUUUCCGCGGUGCCAGGGAGGACCUGGUGCGCGAGCGGGACAUCCUGUGUCAGGUGGUGGGCAAGCCGUACCUCGCGCAGCUCCACUACGCCUUCCAGUCGCGGCGCCACCUGUACCUGGUGAUGGAGCUGGCGGCGGGAGGCGAGCUGCGCGCACACGCCGGGGCGGGAAUGGGUGCGACGAGCGUGCAGCUGUGCGUCGCGCAGCUCGUGGUGGCCGUGGACGCGCUGCACGCACUCGGCUACGUGCACCGCGACAUCAAGCCCGACAACAUCCUGGUGGACGCGCGCGGCCACCUCGUGCUGGUCGACUUUGGCCUGUGUGGUGACGCGCGGCGGCCCAUGGUCACCCAGUGCGGCACGCUCGACUACACGGCGCCCGAGGUGCUGGACUCGAGCCUGUGGGAGGAUGCCACUGGAUACAGCCCCGCCGCCGACUGGUGGAGCGUCGGCGUGGUGGCCUUUGAGCUGCUGACGGGCGCGCUGCCGUUCACGCCCUCCUCCAGCUGGCGCGCCACGAGCCUCGUGCAGCGCCGCAUCCUCCAUGCAGACCCGCGCAUCCCGACGGGCGCCGCCGUUUCUCCCUGCGCCGGGGACUUCCUCGCGAGCAUGCUCGCCAAGGACCCGGAGCAGCGCCUGGGCGGUCGCGAGGGCCGUGCCGACCCCAUCAAGGCACACCCCUUCUUCCGCGGCCUCAGCUGGACGGCGGUGGCCAGCAAGAGCACGGCGGCGCCCUUCGAGCCCGGCGAGCACCGCGCGAGGCUGCCCUUCACCAGGUGGCUGCUCCGGGUCGCCCUCAGGUCGCUGGGCGCCUGCUGCGAUUGCCUGUGCCAGCCCGGGGACUGCACCGGCUUCAGCUACUGCCGCCCGGCGCUGGGGACGGCGUGAAGGUUGCCGUAGUGUCUUCACUGCUUCAGCCUUACAACUAUACUGAUCCUUUAUUUUACUUAAAUCAAAGAUGAAGACAUUUAAUACAGGAUGACCAUAAAA